UUACCAAUAUUCCGCCACUUGUUCAACGUGUGCGUUACACCACGAGUAAUUUACUUUGCUUCUUUUCGUGGAUGUACUACCCCCGAAAAACGAGGUUCUUUCUGCAUAACCUCGAAUUUUGUACAUCGAUAGGCGUUUGACGACCCCGUUGGCUCGGAAAAUGACUUUCGACAUAGAUAUAUGUACUACCAUUAUGCUCAUGACCAUUGGUGCCAAUUACGUUGUGGUUCACUUUCAGUCCUAAUAAAUCAGAACCAUUGUAAUGGAAAAUAUCUUAGCAUCGGGAUUUUCAAAAUAUGGGGAUCAGAUUGAAUUGCGAAGAAAUCCCAUUGAACACUUAUAUAAAGUCUAUGUACAAGCGAAUCGUGAUAUUCAAUCAUCAAAUGAAAAAAAUCCACCAUAUGGAAUUGAUCAUGGAAAUGAAUCAGUUAACUUUUUCAAACCAAUACUCAAUAAUACAACUGAAAUACAAUCUCGUGAUACUGAAUUCUGGCGAUAUAUUCGUAAAGUAACUUGUGAACAGUUGGAAUCAAAUUAUCAGCGCAUGAAUAUUCGAUUUACAAGCUAUGAAUAUGAAUCCGAUUAUGUGGAAAAGGCUUAUUCACUUGCUAAUAUGUUACUAGCCAGUGGGUUAGCUUACAAAAGUUCUGAUGGACUGACUUGUAUGUCGACAGCAAACAAUAAUGAUGUGAAUUUUUCGAAUCAAAAUAUUAUCCUACUAAAAAGUGAUAAGUCAACUUUAUAUUUGACCAGGGAUAUAGCGGCGGCGAUUUCUCGUUACGAAAAAUAUCAUUUUGAUAGAAUACAUUAUGUGGUUGAAAUCGGACAGCGUUUACACUUUCAACAACUCAACUAUGUUCUCCUAAAAAUGGGUUAUAAUUGGCCAGUUUUAUCUAUGAUCGGUGAUGAUGUUGAUGAUAAUACUGAUAAUGAUCAGUGUAGUCAAUGUGCUCGUAAUCUUUUACAUAUUCCAUUCGGUCGAAUUGUGGGAAUGAGUACUAGAAAAGGUGAAGGUUUAUUUCUAUUGGAUAUUUUAAAUAAUGCUCAACAAUUUAUGCUGAAUCGAAUGAAAUGUUCACAAAAUACGCGAAUAACCCAAAAUGAAUCAGUUAAUCCACCAUUGUUAUGUCAAAAUGAAAUAGCUGAUCAUUUAGGUGUAACAUGUUUGGUAACAACAAUGUUUGCUUAUCCACGUCAAAAACCAAUUAAUUUGCAGACAUUCCUUGGUUUACCAGUGACAUCAUCAUCAACAAUGAAAAAUAGUCAUUUGUUGAAAUCAUCAGCUGUAAGUGAAUUAUGCGGAUUAACUCUACAAUAUUGUCAUGCAAGACUGUGCAGCCUAGAAUCUCGUUCAAUUUCAUCUGGUCUAUUUCCAUUCAAAGUUAAUAGCAGUGAUCCAACAUCAAUGGUGUUUGACAUGGAUCACCUUAUUCAUGAAUUUGAUCAAUUUAGAGAAUGGCCUUCAACAACAAUUAAUGAAAAAUCCUUUGUAAAAUUGGCCGAUCAGUUGUGCAGAUUUUCUACUGUGCUUCAUACUGCUUAUUCAAAAUACGAGCCAUAUUACGUACUACAAUAUGCAUUACAACUCACCUCUGAUGUAAACUCAGCUUGGAAGCAUUUACCAGUUUUGGCAUGCACAAAUAAAGAAGAUCAACUAAUACGUUUAUUCAUCUUCCUAGCAUCUAGAAAUGUACUUGCCUCAUGUUUACGUUUAAUGGGAAUCAAACCGUUGAGCGCGAUAUAA